AUGGCCUCUGCCCCACCAACAGCUGGACUCCCACCUAGAACAUGGACACGAGACAACAACCGCGAAUUCUUCAUCUCAACCGAACCCAGCCUACUCUCUGUCAAAGCAGUCAAUGCUGCAUUCGACAGUGAUUUCGUUUACUGGCAGAAAAAGCCGUUCUCAGAGGACGUGCUGUGGCAGAUGCUCCACGGCGCCUUGAGUUUCGGCGUGUACAGGUGGACCCAACCGGAAUCUGUGAAUAAAUCUACCACCCCAUGUUCGGAGAACACUGAGCAGAUUGGACUGGCUCGUAUGGUUACAGAUGGCUGUACAUUUGCUUAUUUGUCGGAUGUCUACGUUCUUCCCGAGUACCAAGGUAGCGGACUUGGGAAAUGGCUUGUGGCCUGUGUUGCCGAGACCUUUUCCAAGGAGAACAUGCCUUACCUGCGUCGCAUUAUGUUGCUCACUGAUGAUGAGCGCAUGCAGGCUUUCUACAUGAAGAUGUUUGGUGUGAAGGUUGUCGGGCGUGAAGAGCGAAAGGACAUUGGGAGGGAUUUAGUGUUUAUGUGUGCGAGACCGCAUGCGCAGCCCUCAUUAGAUCCGAAACGGCUACUCUGA